CCUCAUGUUCCUCCACAGACCCGGCAGAAACUGCCUCGUCCUCGUCGUACUUCCUACCGGAGCUGAUCCCACUGGUCGCGAGCCGACUGACGACCCUACAGGAUUUCUUCGCCCUCCGCGCCACCUGCCGCACCUACCAGGCUCUCCUCCCGCUGUCGUCGUCCAACCUCGCUUCCCAGGGUCCGCUCCUCCUCGUCCCCCACAAGGCAUCUUCCUUGGAAGCCCUCUUCCACAUCCCACUCCGCCGCAUCCUCCGCUUCCGCCUCCCCCGCACUGCGCUAAGCUAUGGCUGCUGCCGCGAAAUCCUCUACAUAUCCUCUAAAUAGCUAAAAUAUCAGCAGAACCCUCCAAAAUCAUCUCUCCCACCAGAAAAAUUUCCGCUAUUUGCCGCGAUUGCCCGCUAUGGCGGCCGCAAUAGCUGCUGGGAGAGGCCGCGGCGAAAUCGUUUCUCCCGCGAUCUUAAUCUAUGGUCGGCAUCGAAGACAGCGAUGCCGUGGGCAGCCACCGCGAGCUCCACAUCUGCCACCUCCUCACAGGCGAGCAACUCCGCCUGCCUGAUCCCCUGAAAUACUACGAAGGAAUUGUCUUUGCCGGCGACCUCAUUCUCACCUUUAAUCGAUACCACCACAGCGUCCACUACUGCCGCAUUGGGGACAAUCACUGGCGUGAGGCGCGGUCCGAUGAAGGCUACAGGUUUCGUGACCUGAUUUUCGUGAAAGGCACCCUCUACGCAUUGAUCUAUCCAAAUUACUGCCUCGCUGUCGUUGAGCUUGACAACACUUCCGUGGUAUUGUCAUAUCUUGGAGAUGCAUUAAGUGCAGAGAUAGUUCCGUAUUGUUCGAUGUUCUGGCUUGCAGAGUGCCGCGGUGAGCUAUUGCUCAUUGUCUCUGAGUACCGUGCACUCCGGUACCAUGUUUUACGGUUGCAAGAGAGGAAAUGGGCGAGGACUACUAGCCUCGGUGGUUGUAGCUUGUUCUUUAAUAUUCUUCAGUUUGCUGGUUGCCUUGGUCCCGAUCAUCCGACAGUUCGAAGGAACUGCUUGUACUUCAUUAGGGUCCCUGGUGAGUGUAUCGAGUAUUCUUUGGUUGAUGGAUCUUUGCAUAAACUCGCUGCCGACUACCCAGGGCGAGCAACGGAGGAUUACGGACAAUUUGCUUGGGUCCUCCCAAGCAUUUUAUGAUGCAAUACAAUGGGUAU